AUGUCCGUAUACCCACAACCAUUUAACCCAAGAAUCAACAUGAACCCGAUCCCGACGCACACGACUUCAAGACGACCGCCGUUCACCAACGCCCACAACCAGCACAAUGUACCGAACGCCGCCUUGAGCGUAAAGGCGCUCCCGAAGGCUCCGCGGUCUCCCCCACCCAAACUCGCCGAAAAGAAACCUCCAUCAUCGCCACCGUUGUCGAGGCAGACGACCAAGGCAAUCCCACCUUCACCUCCCAGAAUCAUCAAGGAUGCACACGGCCUCCUCCAGUUCCAAAAAGUUGGAUUACUCGGAGAGGGCGGUUUCGCCAGAGUUUACGAAGUAAAAGACGUGCACGGCAAUAGGCUCGCAUGUAAGGUUUUGUCGAAAAGCUCCCUCCAAUCCAAGAAAGCCAAAACGAAGCUCUGGGCGGAAAUCAAGAUACACAGAUCCCUGGCGCAUCCUAAUAUCGUCCAAUUUCAAGAAUGUUUCGACGACGACGAGAACGUUUAUAUGGCACUCGAACUAUGCUCGUCUGGGUCUCUCAUGGAUCUUCUCCGACGGAGGCGCCGUCUAACCGAACCCGAAGCUCGGUAUUUCAAAAUACAAAUAAUCGGGGCAUGCCACUAUAUGCAUACGCACCAAGUUAUACACCGCGACCUCAAACUCGGAAACAUAUUGCUAGACUCCGACAUGAAUAUCCGAGUAGCCGACUUCGGUCUCGCUGCUCUCAUUGAGAAUCCGGGCGAACGCAAGAAGACCAUUUGCGGCACGCCGAACUACAUCGCUCCGGAAGUGUUGUUUGAUACCGCGAAUGGCCAUAGCUUCGAAGUAGAUACAUGGUCAGUUGGAGUUAUGUUGUAUACACUUUUGAUAGGCCGCCCACCGUUCCAAACGAAAGAUGUCAAGAGUAUCUACAAGCGGAUUCGUGAUAAUGAAUACGACUUCCCCGCCGAGCGACCCAUCUCCUCUCAUGCGCGAACCCUCAUCCAGGCUAUCCUUACCCCCGACCCGAACGACCGCCCCAGUCUCCAUGAAAUUCUCGACCAUCCCUUCUUCAUCCAAGGUCUCGUACCAGGCUACAUCCCCGUUACAGCUCAAGAUGGCGUACCCGACUUUCGCCAUGUCACCCGCGCAGCCAGCGAGCAAAACUUCAUCCGCCUUAAACGUGAAUGCAUGCUUGACGAGGACCAGCAGACUUCCAUCAAAUUGCCAUCCAAGGUUAUCGACAACCCCGCGGUCGAGCGCAUUCCCAACCACGUCGGCGUCUCUGUGCCGACAUCGAGCUUGGGUAAAAGUAUCACGUCCAGUCUCGCGCAGCAAGAGAAAGAGUUCCAGAAAGCCGUGCAACCUGGCUCACCAAUUGCCGACCUCCUCACCUCAGCACGGCAGCCGUUGCUCAUGGCCAAUAACGCCACACACCAUCGUGGGGAACCAUUAAUGAGGAAGCUGCAGGCCGCCGCCAAGGAGUCGCCGUUAGCGAAGAGCGCAAGGGCCCAGAGUGUUCAAGGUGGUAGUCGAACACGGGAGCUUGACCCUAUGGAUCACCGGGAAGAAGACACGAGGAAGAAGCUAGUGGAGAGCCAGAAGGCGAGGAUCGUUGCUCAAAUGGUACCUGUCAGGGAGAGUGACGAAGAGGAGGAAGAGGAAGAGCCUACACCACUCCCUCGUCCCAUCGCUAGUGCCUCAUCAAAAGGCUGGGAAUCUAGAGACAGACGGGACCAAGAGAACAUUCCUCCGACAGCUGUUGCGCCUCUGCGAAGCAAUAAGGGUAAAGAGCCCGUGCGUUCGAAGACUUCGAAGGACGUGACGAUGGUCCCUCCCGCCGCGCUUAAGCAAUCGACAACUCAGCAUCCCGCUCCGAGCGUCUUGCCACCCCAACAGUCCUCGUCCAAGCAGUUGAACUCUAAGUUAACCGGCUUCGAUGCUGCCCUGCAAGUCUUAUCGCUAGCGUUCGAUGCUAAGUCGCAUGGGAAGGUUUUCAAGGAUCCUAGGGAAGACCCGACCGUUCCCCUGCGCGACGAGAAGGUGUUCAUCGUGAGCUGGGUGGAUUAUUGCAAUAAGUACGGGAUGGGGUAUGCGUUGACGGAUGGUAGCAUGGGAGUCUACUUCAACGACAGUACAAGUAUGAUCCUCAGUGCUGACAAGAGACAUUUCGACUAUAUCUCCGCGCGCCAUGGAGGUUCAGUAUACGUUCGAAAGUCGCACACUGUCGAUGAGUACCCAGAGGAGUUGAAGUCCAAGGUAUACUUGCUGAAGCAUUUUGAACGCUACAUCAUGGAGCGCCUGUACUCUGAAAACGAUUACACAUGGCAAGCAACCGAGAGGACGAAAGGGAUGGAUUGGGUUCAGAAGUACCUCCGGAUGAAGCACGUUAUCGUCUUCAAGAUGAGCCACGACGUUCUUCAAUUUAACUUCUAUGAUCACUCCAAACUGAUAUUGUCGUCGCAUGGCCUUGUCGUCACCCACAUCGACAAGAACUACAACAUCACCCGGUGGACGUUGAGCGACAUCAUGGCGACGUCUCUUCAUAUUCAAGCACGCGGCCGCACUGGUGUCGACGGGGGAUCGGGGUCAACAAUCACUGUUGAGGGCAUGGAUGCGGACCAGAUCAAGUUCAACCAGAAGCUAGUGGAGAAGUUGAAGUAUUGCAAAGAGGUCCUGCUGAGUAUAAGGAAUGCAAGCGCAAACGGAGGGACCUCGGCAGCGGGAUCCGUUGCAGGGAGUGCGACCUCUGGACAUGGUGCCCCGGCGGAGACCAUGGGAAUGAGUACGAGGACGUCGAAGGCGUCGCUGCGAUGA